AGAGGCAAAUUUGACUGAAGAAAUCGAAAAGGUCCCAAUUGUAUUGUUUCUCCCAUAAAAAACACUCAUCUCUCUCUCUCGUUUUUCUAAUUAAGCAGAAGAUACGAUUUCUGCGUGUCUGGAGGAAAAACAGUCAUCUUUCUCAAAUUGAAAACCCAGGAAGCUCUAGCAGGGAAGAAGAGGGAAAGAAAGGGUGGUUUUGGGAGCUUAAGAAGAAAUUUGUAAGAAAAAUGGAGAUAGAAUUGGAGCCGAGGGUGAAGCCAUUGAGUUACAAAUUGAAAGCAACAUCUCGAGAGUCACCUUCUCAGAAAGCCUCUCACGUACUCGACACCGACCUCAGGACUCAUUGGUCCACUACUACCAAUACUAAGGAAUGGAUCUUGCUUGAGCUUGAUGAACCUUGCCUAUUGUCACAUAUACGGAUCUAUAACAAAUCUGUGCUUGAAUGGGAGAUAUCUGUUGGCUUACGAUAUAAGCCUGAGACAUUUGUAAAAGUUCGACCACGCUGCGAAGCACCUCGCCGUGAUAUGAUGUAUCCUAUGAACUACACUCCAUGCCGCUAUGUACGAAUAUCUUGUUUACGAGGAAACCCAAUUGCAAUUUUUUUUAUUCAGUUGAUUGGGAUACCAGUGACUGGUCUUGAGCCAGAAUUUCAACCAGUUGUUAAUCACCUAUUACCGUACAUUAUGUCAAACAAACAAGAUGCUCAUGAUAUGUAUCUUCAGUUGCUUCAAGACAUGACGAAUCGAUUACAUGUAUUCCUUCCCCAUCUUGAGGCAGAAUUCGCCUGUUUUUCAGAUGGUGCUGAUUCCAAUUUACGUUUUCUGGCAAUGCUUGCUGGUCCUUUUUAUCCAAUACUUAACAUAGUGAAUGAAAGAGAUACUGCCAGAUCUACAUGCAUUAUUACUGAUUCUGAAGUUCCUAGAAAUGCUCAGUCAUUGUCAUCAUUGACUAUUUCCUCUAAUUUUGAGCCACGGAGAUCUCGCAACACAUCAUCUUUUGUGUUAUCAACUUCCAGUUCUGUCGUGUUUCGUCCAGAUGCAAUUUUUUUGCUGUUGAGAAAAGCAUAUAAAGAUGAUAAUCUAGGAAGUGUUUGCAGAAUGGCUUGUAGAAUGCUUCAGAAGCUUAUAGAACCUGUUACAACAACGGAUGAAUCAAACCCUUUGACUGAAGUUACACCAGUUUUGGAUGAGUCCUCAAAAUCAGAGUUACAUAAUCCUCACAUUAAUGAUUACUCAAAAUUAUUUGGGGAAGAAUUCCGGUUGAUGGAUGAUCACUGGGACACUAGAAUUCUUAAUGUCUUGGAUAUGGGAGCUGUGGAAGAAGGGAUUUUACAUGUUCUCUAUGCUUGUGCAUCACAGCCUCAGCUCUGCAGAAAAUUAGCAGACAGUACUUCUGACUUUUGGUCUGUGUUACCACUUGUACAAGCAUUGCUUCCAGCACUUCGUCCUGUUGUAAGCAGUCAUUCUGAUCAUGUUGAUGAUACUUUUUCUCAGUGGAAACAGCCUUUUGUUCAACAAGCUCUCUCACAGAUUGUUGUGACAGCAUCUUCUUCAUUGUACCAUCCACUUCUUCAAGCCUGUGCCGGCUACUUAUCUUCAUACUCACCAUCUCAUGCUACGUCUGCAUGUGUUCUUAUUGAUCUAUGUUGUGGCACGCUAGCCCCUUGGAUGCCUCAGGUCAUUGCAAAGGUUGAUUUAACUGUAGAACUCAUGGAGGACCUUUUGGGCAUAAUCCAGGGAGCCCGUAACUCAUCAGCUCAUGCUCGUGCUCGUGCUCGUGCUCGUGCUGCACUUAAGUACAUAGUGCUAGGUCUGUCUGGUCACAUGGAUGAUAUACUAGGGAAGUUUAAGGAAGUGAAGCACGGAAUUCUCUUUCUUGUGGAAAUGCUAGAGCCUUUUCUUGAUCCUGCCAUAUAUACUUCAACAAGCAAAAUCGCCUUUGGCAAUAUAUUUGCCUUUCCGGAGAAGCAAGAACAAGCUUGUCUUAUUGCCCUCAACAUCAUCCAUACAGCGACUCGGAAACCAGCUGUUCUUCCUUCUUUGGAAUCUGAAUGGAUGCGUCAAUCAGUGGCCCCAAGUGUCCUCCUCUCAAUAUUGGAGCCCCGCAUACAAUUACCUCCAGAUAUUGACAUGUGCAAAUCUCCCAUUUCUAAAGAUGAUGAGUAUGAAUCCUCGAAUGUUUCUUGUGUCCAACAUUCUGACUCUGAUGGCAAGACAGAAGUGCCUGAUACAUUCAGCAAAAUGGAUGUUUUAGAAGAUGCUAGUCUUCUUUUUGCUCCUUCAGAACUUCGGAGUAUCAAUCUGACUAAUGUUAGUAGCGGUCCUAAAGAAAACAUCCUUGAAUUAAACCAAUCAGAGUUGGAACAGAAAGACAUUGAGAAGAGAUAUUCCAAUCAAUUUCUAAACAGUUUAGUUUUAGAUUCUGGUUUCAGUGCAGAAUAUUACAAUUUGCAAGCAGACUAUUUUCAGCUCAUGAACUUGAGGGACUGUGAACUUAAGGCAUCUGAAUUUGAGCGGUUGGCUUUGGAUUUACACUCACAGCAUGAGGUUUCCAUUGAAAGCCAUGAUGCCGCUAUAGAUGCUUUGCUCUUGGCUGCAGAAUGCUAUGUCAAUCCUUCCUUUGUAAUCUCUCUUAAAGCCAGUUCCAAUAUCAUGAAUCAGAUGAGCCUUAGUGGGGUUAAAAUUCCAAAAGCUUUUGAAAUUUCAGAUCUUAGAAGGUUUUGUACUAAGAAUAACAGUAAUUUGCAAACAAUAGCUCAUCUUGAGAAGAAUAGAGACAAGGUUGUCCUUAAGAUACUUCUUGAAGCUGCUGAAUUAGACAGGAAAUAUCAUCUGAAGUUGUAUGGGGAUGAUUGUCAAAGCUACUCUGCAGAAUCUGAUGAGCAACUCAUUGAAAUGUCUCCCUUUGAUAUACAGGCAAUGGAUGCUGUCACCUUGGUUAGACAAAAUCAAGCCUUAUUGUGCAAUUUCCUGAUUAAGAGAUUGCAGGGAGAACAGCAUUCUUUGCAUGAAAUUCUCUUGCAUUGUCUUGUGUUCCUGUUGCACUCGGCCACUAAGCUAUAUUGUGCCCCAGAAGAUGUGAUUGAUAUUAUAUUGAAAUCAGGUUACUACCUUAAUGGGAUGUUAACAUCCCAGUACUGUCAGCUCAAAGAAGGAAAGUGCCAAUUGAAUCAUGAAAAGGUACAUGGAAUGCAACGUCGCUGGAUACUGCUGCAGAGAUUGGUAAUUGCUUCAAGUGGUGCCGGUGUUGCAUCAGAUUUUUCUGUCAAUAUCAAUAAUGGUUUCCGCCAUGGGAAUUUGAUUCCUCCUUCAGCCUGGAUGCAGAAAAUAUCCACAUUUUCUCAUUCUACUUCCCCUCUUGUUCGCUUCCUUGGCUGGAUGGCAGUAUCUCGAAAUGCAAAACAAUUCAUAGAGGAGCGCCUUUUCCUAACUUCAGACAUGUCAGAACUGACAUAUUUACUAUAUAUAUUCGCGGAUGAGCUUGCAUUUAUAGAUAAAUGUGUUUAUCCUAAUUAUGAAGAUCGAAAGAUUGAACAAUGUGGUGGUAAACAAGUUUCUCCAACCUCCAAUAGCUUUGAGGUUACUGAUGGGCGGCAUGGAGAUCAAUCUUUUCGUGUCAUGUACCCUGAUCUCUGUAAAUUCUUUCCAAAUAUGAAAAAGCAAUUUGAAGAAUUUGGGGAAAUCAUUUUGGAAGCCGUUGGAUUGCAGCUUAAAUCACUACCUACUGCUGUUGUGCCUGAUAUUUUGUGCUGGUUUUCUGAUUUGUGUUCAUGCCCAUUUUUUCAAGAGGACCAAGCUACUGCACAGAGUUCUCAUCAUUUGAAGGGCUAUGUUGCAAAGAAUGCCAAAGCAAUAAUUCUCUACAUACUAGAAGCCAUUGCUGUGGAGCACAUGGAAGCUCUGGUGCCUGAGAUACCAAGAGUGGUGCAAGUUCUGGUAUCCCUUUGUAAAGCCUCGUAUUGUGAUGUGUCUUUCCUUGAUUCUGUAUUACAUCUGUUAAAGCCAAUUAUCACGUAUUCGUUGCAUAGGGUGUCGGAUGAGGAGCAACUAUUGGUUGGCGAUUCUUGUCACAAUUUCGAGUCUUUAUGCUUUGAUGAGCUUUUUAGUAACAUCAGACAAAGAAAUGAGAAUGAUGACAGUUUGUUGCAAAAGUAUUCAACAGGGCACUGACAAU